AUGAUCGCGAUGGGCCGGGGAAUCCAGGCGCUGGCGGUGCUUACCGGGCUUUACUCGGUGCCGGCGGAGCGCUGCCGCCAAGCGGCGGCUCUCGGGGAGGGAUUUGCUGGCAUUGAGGUUCGCGCCAUGACCAACAUCGGCUUGGAGGGGUUCUUCAAGGACGGCCGCUCCGUGGAGUUGGAGAACUGCACCGCCAAAGACGUGGCUUCAGCCGUGAGCGAGUGCAGCAUGGGAGUGCUGGAUAGCCAGAAGCGACUCUACGUGGAGGUGCGGUAUGCCGCAGCAGCUUCAAGACUCGCCAGCCGAAGGCUAACAGCAGUUUUGAAGUUCCUGAGCGCCGGCGGCCUGCCGCGGCGCAGGCUGCGAGGACAAAUCAGAGCAGGCCAGGAGAACAAGGUUGAGUUUUACAUCUUCGAGGAAUUCCCAGAGUCAGACCUUUGA